UCUAAGAGAAACAUGAAAAUCGUUAUACUUUUUGUCGUUAUCGUAGCAUCUCUUGCUGCUCCCUUCAUUCGCCGCUUUGACAAUGAAAAAGCAUUACGUGUCUUUCCACAAAAUGAAGAGGAUGUUCAGUUCAUCAAACAUUUGGCCAGAGUUAUGCAGCUUAAUUUUUGGAAGCCUCAUUCAUCAUCUUAUGUGAUCCCCAAAGCCUUUGUGGAUUUUCAUGCAAACGCUGAGGACUCUCACAUUAUCACUGGCCUUCUUGAGGAAAAAGGAAUUAAACACAGAAUUCUUUUUCAGAAUUUACAAGAAGCUAUUGAAAACCAACUAAGUAAAGCUGGUAAUCCCAAGGAUGAACGUUUUCCUAGCCCUAGAUACCGAACAUGGUUAGAGAUUUCAACCUGGGCUUAUCGUGUUUCUGUCAAGUACCCAAAUCUGGUAUCUGUUGUGCAAGCUGGAAACACUUAUGAAGGACAGACUAUACUAGUUCUCAAGGUUGGAAGCCAAAGUGCUCAUAAAAAAGGCAUUGUCCUGGAAUGUGGUGUUCACGCGCGAGAAUGGAUCUCUCCUGCUUUCUGCCAAUGGUUUGUAAAUGAGGCAAUCAGAAGUUAUGGAAAAGAUAAAGCUAUGACAAAGCUCUUGAAUAGUGUGACUUUCCACGUUGUUCCUGUAUUUAACGUUGACGGCUAUAUCUGGACAUGGACUCAUGAUCGUAUGUGGAGAAAGAACCGUUACCAGGAUGCUAAUAAUAAAUGUGUUGGAGUGGAUCUUAAUAGGAACUUCAAUGCUUCCUGGGGCACUGGAUUUUCUAAUGAUGAGCCAUGUUCAGAAAUCUAUGCGGGGUCUGGCCCAGAGUCUGAAAACGAAACAAAAGCUGUGGCUUCUUACAUUCGUGACAAUAUCUCAUCUCUAAAAGCAUAUAUCAGUUUCCAUGCAUAUGGACAGAUGCUUAUGUAUCCUUAUGGGUAUAAAUCUGAAAAACCACCUAAUAGUAAAAAACUGGACAAAAUUGCUGUUUCUGCAUUGAAGGCUUUAUCCACCCUGUAUGGCACUAGCUACACACAUGGACCCAUCGCUACUACAAUUUAUCCAGUUUCUGGUUCUUCCAUCGACUGGGCGUAUGAUGAAGGAAUGAAAUACUCCUUUGCGUUUGAGUUACGGGAUGAAGGCCAAUAUGGCUUUCUGCUUCCUGAAAACCAAAUAAAAAAAACUUGUAUGGAGACCAUGCUGGCUGUGAAAGCAAUUGCCAAAUCUGUUGUCACCCGGGACAUUUAGACUUUCCCUUGUUAUAAUGCACAGUUCUUUCUUUAUUCUCUUCUUGGUUUUUUUCUAAAGCAAAGAAAUAUAAAAGUUUUGCUAUUUCAGA